GGGGCGGGGCCGGGCCGCGGCGAUAUAAGAGGCGGCCCCGAGCGGCCCCGGCAGCUUUGGAAGGCGCCGAGCCGGGCGCGCACCGCUGAGACCCCGCCGCAGCCCCUGCCCUGCCCGCAGGCGAGAUCCGCGCCGCCGCCGCCCUGCCCCAGGUGAUGGUUUAGCAGCCGCUGCACAAGGCAGCAGCACAGCAGAGCUCGCAAAGCUGGCUCCCUGCGCCAUGGUCACGCACAGCAAGUUCCCCGCUGCUGGGAUGAGCCGCCCGCUGGACACCAGCCUGCGCCUCAAGACCUUCAGCUCCAAGAGCGAGUACCAGCUGGUGGUGAACGCUGUGCGCAAGCUGCAGGAGAGUGGCUUCUACUGGAGCGCAGUAACAGGCGGCGAGGCCAACCUGCUGCUGAGCGCCGAGCCGGCUGGCACCUUCCUCAUCAGAGACAGCUCCGACCAGCGGCACUUCUUCACCCUCAGUGUCAAGACGGAGUCGGGCACCAAGAACCUGCGCAUCCAGUGCGAGGGCGGCAGCUUCUCUCUGCAGAGCGACCCCCGCAGCAGCCAGCCCGUGCCCCGCUUCGACUGCGUCCUCAAGCUGGUGCAUCACUACAUGCCUCCUUCCCCGUGUUCCCUCCCCGAGCAGCCCGGGGGGACCCCACACCCGAAACGUGCCUACUACAUCUACUCUGGGGGCGAGAAAAUCCCGCUGGUGCUCAGCCGCCCGCUCUCCUCCAACGUGUCCAGCCUGCAGCACCUCUGCCGCAAGACCGUCAAUGGACACUUGGACUCCUACGAGAAGAUGACUCAACUGCCAGGCCCCAUCAAGGAGUUCCUGGACCAGUAUGAUGCCCCCCUCUAAGGAGUGCGGAGGAGGGAGCAGCACGUGGCACAAGCACAAAAGGGUAGGGGGCACAAUGAUCUACUGGAGCAUGAACUUGCAGGACAAAAACAGACCCCCUUCCCCUUUGGAAAGGGAGUGGGGGGAUGACCGUGAACUUAGGGGUGACCAAUGGGCCCUGCCCAGCACAGAGACGUCUGCAGUUGUGUCUGCGUGUUGGGGUUUGGAGCCCCUCUCGGUAAUGGCAGGAGGCUGACGUUACUUGACUAAGGAUUAACAUACUGAAGCUCCUGUACACAGCCUGCCUCCCCUUCUGCAGCCCAGGGAGAACUGUGUCUGUUUCUGGGGCGGUCCCACCAGAUAUGAGGGCAGCUGCUGGGAAGGAGCCGUGCUGAACCGUUUGCAAACAACACGUGCAAGGUGUGUACCUUGCAAACUGCUGUCGCUCAGCUGUGGCUCGGAUCCUCUCCCCCAUUUUCUGGCCACCAGGACCACACUGGAGCUGGUCUGGUAACAAAGCCGGCCUGAAGACCGUAGAAGGAAAGCACUGGAAUCCAGCUAGUGCCUGAGAACUCUUCCUCAGUUUUAAGGGGAAAGUGUUUUUUUUUUUUUUACCUCUCACCGCCUCCUUGUGGGUGGAAGCUCCUUUCACACCAAGCCCCAGACUUGGAGGAUGCUGCCUUUUUCCCUCACUACCAUUAUCCAGGGGACUAAGCCUUAAACUCCAUCCUCGUCCCACGGGUUGGGUUACUGCACAUUACAGGCAACAUUUACAAUGAUGGUCCAGGCUAUGAAUCGUGAAUCCCAGUCGGGAAAGGCGCCCGUCCCGAUGGCACAUCGGCACCAAGGAGUUUCAUGUGAGCAGGACGAGCACCAACGGGAUGAGUUGUUGUUAGACCGUUAUUCCGAAGUGCUGCCCCAUCCGGGCUUCUCCCAGAGCCUGCCCCAGACCCUGGACUCUCCGCUUCACAGAGGGCUCCAGAAGUUGGGAUUCUCUACAGUCUCUGGUUGGAUCUGGGGCUGCGGGUUUGCCUGGUCCCCAGCUGCACUGCUCCAUGGUGGCAACCGUGGCACUGAUCCCUACAGGAAUGUAGCAACAACGGAGCACCCUGGAACUGGUCCCUUGGUACCCGCUGUCCCUGUCGAGGUGGGGAAGGGCAGUUGGGUUUUUCUGGUUUUUAGAGAAAGCACCAUUUACAGCCCUGCCUGAAUCACAUCUUUUAUAAAGAUUCUGCCUUCACCUCCAGCCUUGAGGGCUGAGCUGAACAUGCUUGAAAACUCAACAUAAACCAAACUCAGAAGAAACUUUGCACAUAUUUAUAUUUAUAUUCAGAAAGGAAGCAUUUCUGUAAUUUAUAAUAAAGAGCACUAUUUUUUAAUGAAAA